AGCCUGAUGUAGGGCUCAAACUCAUGAACUGUGAGAUCAUGACCUGAGCUGAAGUUGGAUGCGUAACCAACUGAGCCACCCAGGUGCCCCUGGCUCUGAUUUCUGACUCUCUUCCCCCCUCCUCUAAAUCCUGAGUUCAGUUCAUUGCUUCCAGCUGCUCCCCACACCCACCACCACAACUCUGGGUCCUAGGACUCUGUGGUGUCCUUUUUCCUCCAGCCUUUCCUGCUGCCCCUGGGAAAAAUUUGUUCCCAGGAGGGGACCCAGGAGGGGGAUACUAGAGCCAUUUACUAUUUGCUAAAGAUGCUGUCCUUGUGCAUUCCUACAGAAUGCACUCAGGUGAGGCCGCGGAACUGGGGAGAGGGAUGUUCUGGGGAUAAAAGUAUUAGCUGGCUCUUCUUCAGUUCUAGGGUGCAUCCCUACAUCUGCAUUUAAGUUCACAUAGUGAGGCAGGAAGGUAGAACCAUCAGUGAAGCUAAUCUAGGGACAAAGGGUCUGUCUGUGAGGCUGUAAGGGCAGAACUGCUGAAUAAAGACUCCGGGGGCCAAAGGCUGAGAGGCAAGAGGAUGUUUUACCAAACCUCAAAGUGUCUAUAUCAUGGAGAGGUGAUGAGGUGCCCAGACCCUCAAAAUUAGGUGUGGUCCCUUGACCAAUGAAUCUGUGAAGAAAGAUAUUGGACAUCUUUCCCGGGUUUGUAUCUGCUCAUAUCCCAGUAUCUGCAGGGCCCUGAGUUCAGAGACAGACAUUCACAGAGAGGUAACAUGGUAAAAGAAGUAGCCCCUGUUCACUGGGAGGUCUGGUCACUUAAGCCUCCCGAAGCCCCCCCCCCCCCCCCCGUGAGGCAGCCUUUAUUAACCCUGUUUUGUAAACGAAGAGCCCUGGGACACAAAUCAUUUGGGUAGCUUGCUCAAAGCCUCCUCAGAUUAGUGGGAGACUCCCUACAAUUCACCUGCAACUCAACAGGUCUAUUUCAUUCCAAAGGCCUUGGUCCUUGGGGGUCCUGCACAUGUGGCUUUGUCUAGAGGGAGUAUUAGGUAAGCUCCCAACAUUAAGGUCCCAUAAGUUGCUGACACUCCAAGAGGUGUGACAUAGAUUAACUCACAUGUGGUGAGUUCCUCGUGGGAAAGCUGUGGCUAUUGAAGCCUCCCUGCCUUUCUGAGUGGGUGCCAGCUGCCUCCCAGAUUCGUGACCUCCUCCAGAGCCUGCUAAAGUGACUAGGAAAAUGCUAUUUCCGGAACAGGAGCCAAAAGAGAAUGCCACGGCUCUGUAUCCCAAAUCUUUGGGGGGAGGGGUUGUUUGUUUUAUAUACAAGAACUUAUGUUUACUGCUAACAAAAACAAAACCAAACACUACCAAAAAAGAGAGCUAGGGAAAGAGAGAAAAUGGUCAGAAGCACAGCACCAAAUCUCUGGAUAGAUGAGUGAUCCAAGCAUUCAUUUCAAGAAACAAAUAUGUCUGUUUCUUGAAACUUAGAAGUGGACUUUCCAGGUGGCAUUAGAGCCCAUUCAGUGUACUUGGCCCCAAUAAAGAAAAAAUUAAAACAAAAACACCCCCAAAACCCCACAUUGAGCUGUUUUGAGCCACUUCAGGUACAAAAGUAUUCAAGUGAGCCAUUCUGACCAGUCUCCCUGAAGGCAGGCUGGGGUCAUCACUAUACCCUGGGUUUCCAGGCUCCCCAUCUCAAGUCUGAGUACCCAUGUCCCUGGUAGCUGUUGACAUUGCUCACAGGGCCUUAGGCAAAGCCCAGAUUAGCAAGGAGAAGAAUGGAGGUUUGGCUACAAGUGAUGUUUUGCACAGAGUCCUGAGACUCAAGGGGAAAGGCCCAAGGGUGGGGGGGAGUGCUUUCUUCCCUGGGGAGACCUACCCCUAGUACAGUUGUCCUCACCCACACCAGCUGUGCCCUUAACUCAGGACCUUUCUGGAAUGAGGGCCAAGCACUUGGUGACCAAGAGGGCCCUUUUGGGGUCCCUGAUCCUAUGAUAUGUGGUCCCAGACUGGAUAACACGUUGGCUUUUUUAUGAAUGUUAUUUAUCACAUAAACAGGGAUUCUGUGGUUGAACCAUCCUGGGACAAACAGGAGUUGAAUGUGAUCUGAAAGAAAAAACAAAAAACUUUAACGUGCUGUUGGAUUCGACUUACUAGUUUUGUUUAGGAUUUUCCUUUUUAUUCACAGGCACCAUGUUCCGAAAGAAAAAGAAGAAACGCCCUGAGAUCUCAGCCCCACAGAACUUCCAGCACCGUGUCCACACCUCCUUUGAUCCCAAAGAAGGCAAGUUUGUGGGCCUCCCACCACAAUGGCAGAACAUCCUGGACACGCUUCGGCGACCCAAGCCCGUGGUGGACCCUUCUCGAAUUACUCGGGUGCAGCUCCAGCCCAUGAAGACAGUGGUGCGGGGCAGCUCGGUGCCCAUGGACGGCUACAUAUCAGGGCUGCUCAACGACAUCCAGAAGUUGUCGGUCAUCAGCUCCAACACCCUGCGUGGCCGCAGCCCCACCAGCCGGCGGCGGGCACAGUCCCUAGGGCUGCUGGGGGAUGAACACUGGGCCGCUGACCCGGACAUGUACCUGCAGAGCCCCCAGUCUGAGCGCACUGACCCCCAUGGCCUCUACCUCAGCUGCAACGGGGGCACACCAGCAGGCCGCAGGCAGAUGCCGUGGCCGGAGCCACAGAGCCCAAGAGUCCUACCCAACGGGCUGGCCACCAAGGCACAGUCGCUAGGCCCCACCGAGUUCCAGGGUGCCACACAGCGCUGCCUGCAGUUGGGUGCCUGCCUACAGAGCUCCCCACCCGGCGCCUCACCCCCCGCAGCCACUGGUAGGCGUGGGACCAAGGUUGCCAGGCAUGGUUCCGAGGAGGCCCGGCCACAGUCCUGCCUGGUGGGCUCGGCGACUGGGAGGCCAGGCGGGGAGGGCAGCCCCAGCCCUAAGACCCAGGAGAGCAGCCUUAAGCGCAGGCUGUUCCGAAGCAUGUUCCUGUCUACUCCUGCCACAGCCCCUGCGAGCAGCAGCAAGCCAGGCCCUCCCUCUCAGAGCAAGCCCACCUCCUCUUUUCGACCGCUGCAGAAAGAACCCACCCAAAGCCUGGUGGCCAAGGCCCAGUCCUUGCCCUCAGACCAGCCCAUGGGGACCUUCAGCCCUCUGACCACCUCGGAUACCAGCAGCCCCCAGAAGUCCCUCCGCAUAGCCCAAGCUGCCGGCCCACCCCCAGGCCGGUCUUCCCCCGCGGGCUCCCCACGCACCAGGCAAGCCCAGAUCAGCACCAGCAACUUGUACCUGCCCCAGGACCCCACGGUGGCCAAGGGUGCCCUGGCUGGCGAGGACACAGGUGUUGUGACACACGAGCAGUUCAAGGCUGCGCUCAGGAUGGUGGUGGACCAGGGUGACCCCCGGAUGCUGCUGGACAGCUACGUGAAGAUCGGCGAGGGCUCCACGGGCAUCGUCUGCCUGGCCCGGGAGAAGCAUUCAGGCCGCCAGGUGGCCGUCAAGAUGAUGGACCUCAGGAAGCAGCAGCGCAGGGAGCUGCUCUUUAAUGAGGUGGUGAUCAUGCGAGACUACCAGCACCUCAACGUGGUGGAGAUGUACAAGAGCUACCUGGUGGGCGAGGAGCUGUGGGUGCUUAUGGAGUUCCUGCAGGGCGGGGCCCUCACAGACAUCGUCUCCCAAGUCAGGCUGAACGAGGAGCAGAUCGCCACUGUGUGUGAGGCCGUGCUGCAGGCCCUGGCUUACCUGCAUGCCCAAGGUGUCAUCCACCGGGACAUCAAGAGUGACUCCAUCCUCCUGACCCUGGAUGGCAGGGUGAAACUCUCUGACUUCGGAUUCUGUGCUCAGAUCAGCAAAGACGUCCCUAAGAGGAAGUCCCUGGUAGGCACCCCUUACUGGAUGGCUCCUGAAGUGAUCUCCAGGUCUCUGUACGCGACUGAGGUGGAUAUCUGGUCUCUGGGCAUCAUGGUGAUUGAGAUGGUGGAUGGGGAGCCACCCUACUUCAGCGACUCCCCAGUGCAAGCCAUGAAGAGGCUCCGGGACAGCCCCCCACCCAGGCUGAAAAACUCUCACAAGGUCUCCCCAGUGCUUCGAGACUUCCUGGAACGGAUGCUGGUGCGGGACCCCCAGGAGAGAGCCACGGCUCAGGAGCUCCUGGACCACCCUUUCCUGCUGCAGACAGGGCUGCCCGAGUGCCUGGUGCCCCUGAUCCAGCUCUACCGCAAGCAGACCUCCACCUGCUGAGCCCGGGGACACUGGGCAGCCAGCCUGCCGGCGGGGCCUGCCUGCCUCAUUCUCUCAGUAUUCUCUCCAAAGAUCGAAUGUGAAACCCCACCCACACCCUUCUGCCCCUCAGCCCACUGGGCCAGGCCGGACCUGCCCCUCGGUCUCUCUGCCUCCCAAGAGAGUCCCCAGUUGCCUUUGGGAUGGUGGAGACCCCCUUCUACAGAAUGACCCUCUGUUAUUUGCACAGGGAUAUUUCUAAGAAACGUGGAGACCCGCACUCCUGGCCACGUGGCCAACACAGCAGAAAAAGCUGCUGCGGUUUUUUAAAAGUAGUUGUACAUUAGCAUCCCAGGUCACCGAGAGGGCAGACUGCCUGUCUUCGCCAGGAUACUUGCUGUUCUCAGCUCCAGCUCUAAACCCUGGGGUCUCAAGAGGGCCACAGGGAAGGUUUCUAUUGCCUGAAGCCGUCUUCCUCCUUUACGUCUGACUUCCUGAAGGUACGGUCCAACCUUCACCUGUUUCCUGACCCACCUGCACUGACACCACUCUCCCUGCACAGCCUGCUCCAAACUGUGAACAGCCUGCUCUCUGGCCAGGGGUGGAGGAAGGGCAUUUGUCUGGGUAAAAGAGAAAGAAUGCAGUUGGUGGUAAACAUAAUCUCACUUUACAGGAUGGAGAGAACACUGUGUGUGUGUGUGUGUGUGUGUGUGUGUGUAAGUGGAGGACAGUCACCCUGACAGCCUGGCUCCCUUCAGGUCACUCACAGGUCACCUACUUCAGUAAGGCUUCCCAUCCUUUCUGCCACUAAAUUCUACCAGGAAGGGACUGCUUUCUUGGCCUGGCUUCCCACCUCCUAAGUCCCGUGUUUCUACCUGAACAGUGAAGAGAGCUGACACAUCCCAGGGGCUUCGCGGAUUUCAGGUGUCUCCUGUACUGUGGAGUCUGAGAGCCAGAGAUGGGAAUGGUAAAGGAACAAACUUUGUUUUGCCUGUGAGCUUUCUCUCAAUAACCAGGUCAUCAAGGACCCAUUAUUUUCAAAAAUCUUGGUCUGAGGGAGAUGAACCACCCCCUGGGGCUCCAUCCUGUCAAGAAAAUGGACACCCCCUUUGUGCAAACCAUCUGCCCUAGCUGCCUCUUCAGACACCUGUCUCUUUGUCCCCCUUCCCUCCCCACCUUCAGGGAUGUUGUGAGUCAGGGAAUCCAGGGAAGAACUCCAGGUGUCAGGACCCUAUCUAGAUAAUAUUUUUAGAUUCCUCUGCUCCCUAGUGGCCUGCUUUGGGCCCCCCCCCCAAAAAAAACUUGCAAGGACUUUUUUAAGGGUCAGAGUUUUAAAAACAAAAGCAUCUUCCCUAGAAACUUUUGUGAAUUGUUUGCACUUGUGCCUGUUUUAAAUUAAACUGAGUGUUCAAAA